AAAUCAAAUAAAAAAAACAAAGAAGUUUAUGCGGAAGUGAACGAAGAAGAAGAAGUUUCUGAUGAAGCGGAAGAAGAAGAAGUUUCUGAUGAAGCGGAAGAAGAAACUGCGAAAGAAGAAGACAACAAAGGAGAUAUUGCAAAAGAAGAAGACAACAAAGGAGAUGAUAUAGAAAAUAUUGCAAUGUCGGUUAGAUUUACUCAUGAUGGAUGGACAAUAGAGGACGAAUUAUCAACGUACACUGAUUAUACCCGUAAGACACCUUCAAUUGAGCCGGGUAAUGCUUCUACCUCUCUAGUUGAAAUUGACCUAGAUACCUCUCAGAAACCACCUUCAAUUGACCCUUUUGAGUUAAUUAACAUUGCCCCUCUAUUUGACAACACUGCUUCUACCUCUGCUUCUACCUCUCUAGCACCUUCAAUUGACCCUUUUGAGUUAAUUAACAUUGCCCCUCUAAUUGAACCUGAUGAGAAUUAUUUGCUUAACGGUUAUCGAACCGUUGGAGAAGGAAUGACGAUAGAAUCGUCAUUCAUCGAAUGCAGCCAACUACAAUUCCAAAAUUUUAUAAAAUUGAGAAAACUUGGGAGUGCAAGCCCACACUUUUUAACCCCAUUUCAAAUCGUUUCAUCUCAUUCCCAAAGGUAUUUGGAGGUGGAACCGGUGGAAACGGUUCAAGCCUUCUUUCGCAAGAAAUUUCAGAGUUUUUCGUCUAACAAUACGGCACUAAAUCUAAAUUCUCAUGAGGCUGUAGAGUUAUGGUGGAAGACGAUUAAAGACGAUUUUUACAUUAUUUUUAGGAAUGUUGUAAGUGGGUUAAUGUUUCAUCGUAAGAAACAACGAUGCUCUUGUGGAGAUCUCGAAAGAAGCAUUUUUGUGUUGAGGAAGAGCGAAAACUAUGAUGAUGAUGCAUUUGAGAUACGUGGGAAAUUAAUGCCAUCAUUGAUAGAAAGCGGAAACUUUAUUGCAGAAGUCAAUCAAUUGCAGGCGAUAAUGGAAUCUAUUAUUUAUCCCCAGCCACUACCUUAUGUUUAUACUCCCUCCUGCUCUGAAGUUAAUCUGUUUUUAGACUUCCUUUCUUGUUACUCGAAUUUUAGUAAUGCUUGUUUCCUUUGGAUUGUGAACCAUCCAUUUCUGUGGAGUUCAUAUGAACGAGUAUUAUUUAUGAAAGAAUUGGCGAGCUUGCACAAGGCUAGGAGGAAUAUAACACAUAAGCUCGGCAGACAUCUUCAGCACCGUCUUGGUACUAAAGUUCCUUGGACGUCACUUGUUAAAGAUGAUUUGCUUGUAGCAAUUUUGAAGAAACCCAACUCUACAAAUAUUUCUUGUUAUGAUGAUCGAAAGACCGAUGGCAUCUUUCGCUUUUAUGGGGCAUGUUAUUCCCAUGCGAAUGAGCCUGAAUAUCUCCCUCAGAGGCAAGGCAAAUUAUAUCUUUCGGAUGAAGAGAUUGAAGAGAAAUUGAAUGCCACAUUUCCACACAUUUGUUUAAUGAGGCGCAAUUUUGAGUCAUAUUUCUAA